AUGAUUUUCAGCGCUGAAAAUGAGCCACUUUAUGUGAGUGUACAUUGGAAUUUGAAACAUGUUUCGAUUGAUGAAAAAAGAGGGACAAUGAAGAUUUCGGGGAAAUUGUUGAUGGUGGGUUUUUGGCAAUACUGUAGAUUCUUAACUACAAUUUUCCACGUCAUAUGUUUAUUAGAAAUGGAUCGAUAAAUCGAUAAUCUGGAACCCAGCGGAAAACAACAAUACAAAGGAAUUUCAAUGUUUCCGGUGUAAUAUUUGGAAACCUGAAAUCACAUUUUUGAAUUCAGCAGAUAAAUUAUUACGAAAAGAUCGAACUCGUUUCAAAAUUAUCUCAAAUUGGAAUUCGAGUUCAAUUAUUUUGAUGGAAACAAUAAUUCAUCGAAAUUUUGGAUGUUUUUUCGAUUUUACUGAUUUUCCAUACGAUCAAAAUGAAUGCACAAUUUCGAUUAAACCUGCUAAUUUUUUAUCCAAGUUUUAUUUUUAUAUUGGAGGAUCAAGUUCGAAUUCGGAUUUUAGUGAGUUGCGGAAAUCAAUUUUGUCAGAUCAAUAAACUACAGUAACCCAAAAAAACUACUAUAUGUUUGGGUCUUGAAACCAUAUUUUUUCAGUUUGGGGAAAAGACGAAAUCCGAAUUCUUGGCAAUUUCAAAAUUCAAAAUAUCGUGCAAAGUCAAUGGUUUUUCAAUUCGUGGCAAGAAUAUAAAAAUUCAACAAUUCAAAAUAAUCCGACAGAAAAUGAAAAAAUGUUUUCAAUGCAUCAAACGAAAAUCAUUUUUAAACGGAAUUUUCCAAUUUAUUUUGCUGUAAUUAAGCAACCACUGAUUGUAAGUUUUAAAUAAUUUAUUCAAAAAUUCAUUUCAGUAUCUUCCAGCUUUUCUCAAUUUUAAAUCUCCUCUCAUUUUUUCUUCCAACAAUGCGAUCCAUAAUUUUCUUGCUAAUCUCAAAUAUUUUAAUACAAUUUAUAUUUCUCAAGAUAACUAUCAAAGAAGUUCCAAUUUCAACAUCAAUUCCAAAUUGUAUUUUAUUUUUAGGAACUUCUCUAAUUUUCAAUACUAUUUCCCUGUUUUUCCAUAUUUUCCUCUUUCACAUGAAAUACAGAAAUGUGUCCAAAAUUCGUCCGAUUCUCGCAGUCAUUUUAUUUGUGAUUUAUCUCACAUGUUUGAUAAGUUUUGUAUAA